UCUCUCUCUCUCUCCUGAAAAAAGCCUAGAUGAAUAUAUAAUAUUGGUUAAACCUCUAGGUGGUGUCAGAGUAAAAAAGAGGGAGAGAAAAAAACUGCUCCCUUCAAGCUACUUUUUUUUGGUGAAAGCAUGUGCACUGCUGUGAGCAAACAAUCAAAGACAAGUUGCUGUGGGAGUACCAGGAGAGAGUGCACAUGUAGCAGCACUGGCUGUGACUGAGUGGCAGAUGACAAGGUCCCACUUAGCUUGGAGUGAGCCAUGAAGUUUCUACUCAUUCGCUGGACUCCCCUGGACUGACUGACUUUCAGCUAACUGUAUUAGUGUGGAGCACAUCAUUCAGGCCUCAAGUACAAAACCCCAGAAAAGCAUGAACCAACCAGGUGACAGAAAAUGGACCCAUAUAUUCCGCUUUCUUAUGGUGUCCCUGUUGUGUUCUGCACAUGCAGAUUAUGGUAACUGUGGUGAAAAUGAAUAUUAUAAUCAGACAACUGGCAUGUGCCAAAGCUGCCCUGAAUGUGAGCCUGGGGAAGAACCCUAUAUGAGCUGUGGUUACGGCUUUAAAGAUGAAGAUUUCGACUGUAUUCCUUGCCAAUCUGGAAAAUAUUCCAAAGGAGGCUAUCAGAUUUGCAGAAGACACAAAGAUUGUGAGGGAUUUUUCCGUGCUACUAUCCUAACUCACGGGGACAGAGAGAAUGAUGCAGAAUGUGGGCCUUGUCUUCCUGGGUACUACAUGUUGGAGAACCGUCCCAAGAGCAUGUAUGGAAAUGUGUGCUACUCCUGUCUGUCUGCUCCUCCCAACACCAAGGAAUGUAUUGGGUCAUCAGCCCAAGUUUCUGGCAGCUCCAAAAUUACAUCAGGUUCCAGCACCAUCUCCCCUUUCCAACAUCCACACAAAGUAGAAGUGACUGGACAAGGACAUUUGGCCACAGCACUUAUUAUCGCAAUGUCAACAAUAUUCAUCAUGGCCAUUGCCAUUGUUCUCAUCAUCAUGUUCUACAUUUUAAAGACCAAACCUUCUUCUCAAGGAUGUUGCAAUGGCCCUUCAAAGAAUGUGGAAGAUCAGAUCAACCAACAUGAAGAGAAAAAGGAGGUGCCAGCAGAGAAUAUCUUUUCUGAAAAAGAUGAAUAUGAAAAAUUGUCGGAGACCCAGACUAAAACAGAAAAAAAUGAAAAUGAUGCCUCGUCAGAGAAUGAGCGCCUUUUAAGCCGUAGCAUGGACAGUGAUGAAGAAGCAGCCAUAGACAAACAAGGGAGUGCGGAGCUCUGUCUCUUAUCAUUAGUGCACCUGGCAAGGGACAAGUCCACCACAAACAGCAAGUUAACAGGGAUCCACAGUCGAAGGAAAAGGAUACUUGAUCUUUAUGCCAGCGUGUGUAAUGUUGCAGAAGGUCUCAGUCCUACAGAGUUGCCUUUUGACUGCCUAGAAAAGACCAGUAGAAUGCUUAGCUCUACAUACAAUACAGAAAAAGCGAUAGUCAAAACAUGGCGUCAUCUUGCUGAGAGUUUUGGCUUAAAAAGAGAUGAAAUUGGUGGAAUGACAGAUGGACUUCAGCUCUUCGAUCGAAUCAGCACUGCUGGAUACAGCAUACCAGACCUACUUAUUAGGCUGGUACAGAUUGAAAGACUAGAUGCUGUGGAAUCCCUGUGCACAGACAUUGUAGAGUGGGCACAAGGAACACCCACAUUAACCCCACCUUCUUCUUCUUUACCAACAAAUGAAAGCUCAUAAACAGAGACUGGAUGCGUCAAGUCCUUCAAUAUGGAAAAAAUGAAUAGGGUCAAACAAUGAGCACCCCGUACAAUCCAGCAAGUCUAAAUCAUUUCAAUGGAGGAAUAUUUGCUUUUCCAGUAUAAAGAUGCACACUGAACAUUCUGGAGAUCCCAUUGUUGGAUAUCCAGCAGUCUUAAAACAAUAUGUGGCAUUUAGAAGGAUUCUUCUCUCAAAGAGAAUGCUAAUGGAAUAGCAUACUUCCUGAAACUUGAAUUAUGGAUAACAUAUUCAUAAAAAGAGCGUAUGAUGGAGACUGGUAUAAUUCUUUCCAAAAAUGUUCAUCAUCCGUCCAGUGUAUAAACCAGGAACGCUUAAGUAAUGUCUGUUAGCCUUGCAAGAAAUUAACUGUAGCGUAUUUGUUGCGGACGUAUCCAAUAAAUAGACAUUCUGGACCAGAAAGACGGUAACUAUAAAGCCACGUGGAAUGGAAUUCAUAGUUGCAGUUAUUGAUAAGCAUACUAAAACUAACAUGAAGAACACUUUUUAGAUUGUUGUACUUUGUGUUGACACUUAAUGAUUAUUCCUCUACAGUUUAUGAAAGGCUAUACAACAUGGGAUUUUUGCUAUCUGGACAAAAAAACAGGUGAUGAACCAUGAAAUGACUUAACAAAGUGAAUAGAAGCCACAACUUCUUAUAAAAACUUUAUGUUCAUUUUAAAGUGCAGAAUUUGCAAAACGGAUCCUCUCUAUCCAUAAUUGCUCAAGUGAUUUCCACCCAACAUCAAGGGGCACAUUUACUAAGGGUCGAAGUGAAUUCGAAGUGAAUUUUCGAAUUAAAAAACUUCGAAUUUCA